UCCAGAACGUUGACGCACAUGUUCUCCUGCCACGCACGGAGCUCCAUGGACCAGGCGUCACAUCACUAACUCAAAGGUGCUCGAGGUUCCUGCUCAGAACAUCGGUCCACCGUAGGUUAACCGUUGGUGCUCACUAUGACUUUUUGAGGGGUACCAUUGUGACUGGCUUAAAGAGGAAGUUACAAGAUAUAUUCUUUUUUUUUCUUUUUUUUCUGGAUUUCUAUACCUGAAGUGAGGAAGAUGUUUUCGUCGACGGGUAAGCGCUGUUUUACGAUAGAAUCCUUGGUGGCCAAAGAAAACCCUCUAACCACGGAAGAUCCCAUCCGACCGACAGCUCUGACUUAUUCCAAUCCAACUGACGCUUUCAUGAACGGGUACCAGGGUCCUACCGGCAGGUCUCUCUAUCAGAACCCGGAGUUGGUGUUCCCUGAGUCGGUCAACCACCCCGGGCUGACCAUGAACCCCCACCAGCUAGGGGGUGGCCACCUACAGCACCCUGCACACUUCUUUGGUACGCAACACCGAGACCCUCUCAACUUCUACCCAUGGGUUUUACGAAACAGGUUCUUCGGACACAGAUUUCAAGGAAAUGAUGUUUCCCAAGAUAGCCUGCUCCUUCACGGCCCGUUCGCCCGGAAACCCAAGCGCAUCCGCACCGCCUUCUCCCCGUCUCAGCUCCUGCGGCUUGAGCGGGCUUUCGAGAAGAAUCAUUACGUAGUAGGAGCGGAGAGGAAACAGCUGGCCAACGGUCUCAGUCUGUCUGAAACACAGGUGAAGGUGUGGUUCCAGAACAGGAGGACUAAGUACAAGAGACAGAAGCUGGAGGAGGAGGGGCCUGACUGUCAUCAGAAGAAGAAAGGAAACCACCACAUCAACAGAUGGAGGCUUGCCACCAAGCAGGGCAGCUCAGAGGACAUCGAUGUCACCUCUGAGGACUGAGAAUACCCCCACACUGCCCUCUACUCCCCUGGCCCUCUACUCCCCUGGCCCUCUACUCCCCUGGC